GGUAACUGAAUCGCUGCUCAAAUAUCCUAAACGGCUAAACCCUAAAAAAACAAAAACAGAACAAAACAAAAAAACUCCUAACCCUAAUCUCGCAAUUCUCCACAAUGUAUCGGGAUUUCUAAUCUCUCCUAUCUAACCUCAAUCUCUUCUCUCUAUAUCCUCUCCAUCAUAAUCAACCAGACAGAUUCCAGUCUUUCUCUGAAUCGACAUGACUAGUCGAGCCGGAGGAGGAAGCAGGGACCGGUCCCGAAGGGACUACCCAGGGCCGCCGCAGGAGAAGCCUCGCGGCAGCAGUAAUCCGCCGUCGAGGCACCUGUGGGUGGGAAAUCUCCCUCAGAAUAUUGUGGAGAGCGAUUUGGCUCAUUGCUUUUUGCGCUUUGGCGAGCUCGACAGUGUAGCAUUCCUGCCAGGUCGGAGCUAUGCUUUUAUUAAUUUUCAGGGAGAGGAGGAAGCCAUCGCUGCAAUGAGGGCGCUCAAUGGAUUCCCGCUUGCGGGGAAUCCACUUAGGGUUGAGUUUGCAAAGUCGGAUAAGUCAUCAACACCAGUGCCUGGCAAAGAUUACAUGCAACGUAGAGAUGAGCAACGUUCUGCCUCAAGAGGAUCCCCUUUCUCUCAAAGAGAUUCUAGAGCAUCUUAUACUGCUCCGGGCCCUUUUUACCCUGACAAAUCGAAGGCAGGAGAUAGAAAUGGAGAACCUAGUGAGGUGUUAUGGAUAGGUUUUCCUUCUUUAUUAAAAGUAGAUGAGAUGAGUUUAAGGAAAGCCUUCUCCCCUUUUGGUGAGAUUGAGAAGAUUACAGUUUUCCCAGGUCGUACUUAUGCAUUUGUUCAAUUUGGAAAUGUAAUAUCAGCUUGUAGAGCGAAAGAAACACUCCAAGGGAAAUUAUUUGGAAAUCCUCAUGUACUUAUUUGUUUCGCAAGGAGUGAAACCGGCCCAUCCAACAGUGGAAGGGGCUCAAUGAAUGUCCCUCUUUCCCCGCAUUUGAAGUCUGAUAGUCGCCCAGAAUCUUCUGACAACUUUCGGCAAGACCGGAAUUAUGGGAGUUCACAUGGAGAUCCCACCAUUGGAUCUCCUAAUUUUAUCUCAAGUUUGGAUCGUGUAGAUUCUGACAUGUAUGGUUUUAAUAGGAAAGAAGCUUCUUGGAAUAGUGAACAGUGGAGGCCUGGAGACGUUAGGUUUGAACAAGGAUUAGCACAAGAUAUGUAUGAUCGCCAUGGUAGUCCUACCAGGGAAAGAGAUGCUUCCUUCCAUGAUUUUCCUCACAAAUUUCCUCAGAAUAGUUUUUCUUAUGAAGAUCAACCUGACUUACCAGAAGAUACCGAUUACUUUCAUGGAGCCAAGAAGUUGAAGACUGGCACCUUUCCUCCUGAUAGGGAGCUUCCUGAGUAUCCUUCAUCUGAACAGGAGAAACAUAGUUUUCCUAGGGCAUUCUCUGAUUUCCCCCAUCGUGAGACCUUUGACAAGAACAUUGAUGCUAGGUCUCUUGGAUACAAGCAGAUGCCUGACCAUCCAGCUCUACCUCACGGAGACAGAAACGAUCUCUGGAAUGCGCCAUAUGAGAGUUUCCAGGCAGGUUCUGGUUCUUUGCUGUCAAAUCCUGUUGACAGGAAAAGAAUCAUUCCUGAAUCAGACCGAACUUCUUUGAUGGAGUGGAAAUGGGAGGGGACUAUAGCAAAGGGAGGAUCUUCUGUCUGUCGUGCUCGCUGCUUUCCUGUGGGAACAGUCAUGGACAUCAUGUUGCCUGAAUUCUUGGAUUGCACUGCAAGGACUGGUCUAGAUGUGCUUGCAAAGCAUUACUAUCAAGCAGCUAGUGCUUGGGUUGUUUUCUUUGUUCCUCACAGUGACGCUGAUAUUGGAUUAUAUAAUGAAUUCAUGCAUUAUCUGGGCGAGAAGCAACGAGCAGCAGUUGCUAAGUUGGAUGACAAGACCACAUUGUUUCUUGUACCUCCAUCUGAAUUCUCUGAGAAAGUACUGAAAGUACCUGGAAAACUGAGCAUUUCAGGUGUUGUUUUAAGGUUAGAGCAUCCCGGUUCCAGUUCGGCCCCCGUUCACCAUCCAAACGAGAAAAUGGAUAGAAACUUGUUGCCUUUUCAUGUGGAGACAUCAUUUCCAAAUUUAUCAACACCUGCACGACUGUUCCCAUCCAUGACAUCUGUUCCAGAUUCGGGUAAACUGGGAAGCGGCCUAUCAUUUGUGGGGAAUAUGGAUACAUCAACGCCACCUGCAUCUUUCUCAGGUCCAGCCCAUGGUGUUGGACAUCUAUCUGACUCAUAUGGCGAAAACAGGCAUGACUAUCAAGUCCAUCAGCGGAGCUCUGCAUUAGGACCCAACUGGUCUCCUCACCAUAUGCAGAACACAAAUUCUAGUACAGGAAACGUGCCAUCUCAAGGAUCUAACACUUACAUAGAAAAUGGUCAGGAGCAUCACUCAAUCAUGCCAAGACUGGCGCAAGAAACAAGCUCUACUCAUUUAGCAGGAGGAACAAGUACUCAGCUAUUUGGAAAUGGCAAGUCGUCUCAUCAGGAAACCAGCCCUUCGGUUCCUUUAUCUAUGCCUGGUGGGGCUCUGCAACCAGAACAAAUUGCACAGCUGGCAUCAUCUCUUCUUGGGCAACAAAGGCAGUUAGGAAGCAAUUACAAUGUCCCAACAGGAGACGAUAGCAGGCAGACACACACGGCAUAUGGAAUGCAGAAUGAUCAGGGGGCUUCUGAUCCUUCAACAUCACAGUUUGCUCAAGUGCAGCAGCUGCAACAUUGGCAGGCAUCAAAUGUUCCUGCAGCAAUGGCUCCAACUGUUCAAAGAGAAAUUCAGCCCACUGUUCAAGGGAAUUCACAGCUGCAGAGUACUGGAUCACAAGAAGCAGAAGAAGAUCCACAGAAACGCCUCCAAGCAACAUUACAAUUGGCUGCAGCCCUUCUUCAGCAAAUCCAACAGGGAAAAGGAAGUUCAUCAUAGCAGAUGAGUUAUGAUCCAGAUCCAUAGGAUGGCCAUACUCUUCCGAUAAUGCAGUGGAAUGUUUCUGCUAGCAACACUAUGUCUUGCACAUUAAUGUUGUUCUCCUGGUAAUCUCCUUUGCUGUUUUCGGCUUUGCUCUGUUUAGUGAUCUUGCAUAGUCCCUCUUUUGCCCCUCUCUGACAUACUUGACAGAGUCAUUUUAUUGGGUUGAGAGUCAGUCUUUUUUAAAGUUCAGUGGUUGUAAGCACAGGUUUCUAAAUUCAUGGUCUUAUGCAAUUUUCACUUUUUAUGUUGAGAAUUUUGUUGGCAUUUCCUUCCAUGGGCAGCCUAUAUAAGCUGAACUCCGUCGGCUAUGAAUUUUGCCUUCAGAUAGGGAUAUGGGAGACAGUCCAAAUGAAUUUACCCCUUAAAACUGUUUUUCCUAUUGGCAUUACCAUUUCUCAGCCCCCUCCUCCAUCCAACUGUACCAUUGGCUCCGCUGCUAAAUUGAUUAACCAGCUUUGAAUGGA